AUGGCAGCCUUCGUCCGCAUCUCCGGCCCCCCCAACUCAAACUUCCUGGUAGGCUACCCAGGAAUCUCCGCCACCCUCCCACGAAUAGAAGGAAAAGUCGAGAUCCGACCCGGCGUGGGCAUCUCCGCCCCCGUCGCCGUCUCCCUCGUCACCGUCUCCCUGCAACGCCGCGAGUCCAUAAAUCCGGCCGCGGAAUCGAUGAUCCGAUCUCAACUCAGCAAUGCGCGGAAGGAGAUCACCGAGCUUGUGGGGAAAGAGAUGCUGUUGUUUCGCUGUGCGGCGGGGAGGGAGAGCGAGAGCGUACUGUGUAUGGAUUUGCCAUUCGUGAUCUUCAUCCCCUACGGACGAGGCGGGGAGGAAAUGGCCCGGCGAGUGCCGCCCGCGAGUCUACAGUUGGAUAAGCGGACGGCGGAGACAUACUACGAGCUGGUGGUCACAGUCCAACAAGGCCACCAGGAUCAACGCAAAUACGCCUUCCCCGUCCCCAUCUCGCGCUACGACACCCUAAGCACCUUCGGCAUGUACAACCGCCCGGAGAGUGCGGAGAGAGUGAGCGAUCAUCUGGUAACGCUGGGCAUUAGUUUACCCCGCUGGAGCUACGGGCCCCUGGACCCGGUCUCAGUCUACAUCAAACUCUCCCCGAAUCCCGACUGGCUCCCAAAAGCCAAAAAAGUCACCAUCCAAUCCAUCACGGUAGGAAUCGACGAAGAAAUCGUCUACAACCCCGAAGGCGACGAGCCGAAACGCAGCGUCAAAACCCUCGCCAAACACCAACAAGCUGUCGGGGUGCGGAUGCCCGAGGCCGGGUAUUUCACGAAUCUGGGCCUGGUGUUUCCCGCUAGGGAGUUGAGGGAUAGUGAGGGGGUUUUACCCAGGGGGAGGAAGGAGUUCCCCAUGCAUGCGGUGGUGGGGUUUACGACGACGGGGACGUUGUAUAAGAUUGAGUAUUAUCUUACUGUGAAGGCCAAAAUGUCCUCGGCCCGCGACAUCGUCCUCCGCCAACCUAUAGUAGUCUGUCCCUACGACCACGCGGGUUGCAAAGAGGAAAUGGAAGCUAUCGAGCAAGCGGCCAAGGACGCCCAGCAUAUUUCCCAGGAUAAUCCCAUGUUACCUGCUGCUUCUGUUAUUAAGGCGAAUGAUCCGGCUGGGUUGCGGAUGUUGGGGGUUGCUAUGAUACAGGGGGUGCGAAAGGUGUUGAUUGAGUGA